AUGGAGGAUGUUUCUAAAGCUGCAUCGCCACGGGGAAACGCGGAUGCUGAUACAAUAAGCGCAGUCGAGGGUUUAUUAGAUGAGGCUGACAAAACUGGCCAUGCUGUGACAAUUGGCACCGAAACGCCUACUACCGACACCGCGCCAGAUCGUCACGCAUCUACACCUGUUCGUCAAACUGCACCAUUUGCACCCCCCUGCACUUCAGGCAUCUCCGGGAUUAGGACUACACACUUCUACAGUACAGGACAGCCAUACGCAUGUGGCGUUCCACAACCUAUAGAACUGCAAUGCAACCAAACUGCAGGUAUAACGGGAACACACAUUCCAUCGACCUCGUUCAAUGUCGUCCCUAACCUUGCUAACGUGAUGACAUUUCCGUAUACUUCGACUACGAACGGGAUGACGACCAUGCUGCCCAACUUAACCUCAAACAGCAAUACAGUCUCAGCUAUAUCUUCAUCUCAACCCUUUUCUGCAUAUACAUCAAUGCACAAUUUCCACAGUUUGCCAACAUCGGUUACUUCAGGAUUUUCACACCCAAAUGUUAACCCUAACCUAAAUAUGCCUUGUGGAGGGUAUCCGACCGUUACUAAUCCGUAUAGUUACUCUACGACAGCCGACCUAAAUUUGACUGCGGCACAUAUAGCUAGUCGUCAAGUGCUUUCGAAAGAUCUGCCAAACUUUACAGGUAGGCCUGAAGACUGGCCCGUAUUUAUUACUAACUAUGAGCAGUCUACCAUACGGUGCGGAUUCACGGACCAAGAAAACCUUAUUAGGUUGCAGAAAUGCUUGAAGGGCCAAGCAUUAGAGGCAGUUCGUGGUAGGCUUAUGGUGCCGUCUACGGUUGGAUUGGCCAUUAAUACACUCCGCAUGUUGUAUGGUAGACCAGACGUAAUUCACCAAGUAAUGCUGCGUAAGUUAAGGGAGGAACCAUCUGUAAAGCCAGACAAAUUAGAAACCUUAGUAACAUUUUCAUUAGCGGUACAAAAUUAUCGCGCUACAAUGCAGGCGGUAGGUCUAAACGAUUAUCUAAAUGAUCCAGUGCUAUUAAACGAGCUGGUAGCUAAACUGCCAUGUAACCAAAGGUUGAGUUGGGGCCAGCAAUGUAUGUCCCUGAGACGCGCUGACAUUGCUGCAUUCGAUGAUUGGCUUUUCGGUCUAGCCAUGUGCGCUAGCCAGGUCACUUCCAUCCGGACAUCAGCGAUAUCAUCGUGUAAUAGCAACGUCGAACCAAAAAAGGGAAAUCGCGAAUCACUAAAGGGCAGAAUAAUGAUUCACGAUGUGGUUGCGAAAAAUAACGAGCAGAGUGAAAAGUCGAUAAAUUGCCUGAAAUGCGGUGCGAGCCAUACGCUGUCCGAUUGCUAUGAGUUUCGUGCCCUAUCGCAAAGUGACAGAUGGAAAUUUGUACGGGAAAAUAAACUCUGUUUACGCUGCUUCAAAGGUCAUUUCAUUCGUCGAUGUAAUUCGAAAAGGUGCUGUGGCGUAGAUGAUUGUAGAAUGGCUCACCAUCCACUGCUUCACAAUGGAACUUCGUUGGCGAUUGGAAAACGAAAACAAGCAACAUUAUACCACGAGUUGGGCACAGCUGCUGAUAAAGAAACGCAAAGGGCGCUUUUCAGGUAUGUGGAGGUUAUUUUACAUAGCGGUACCAAAGCAAUACGUACAUUCGCCCUUAUCGACGAAGGAGCCUCCUGUACGCUAAUUGAGUCUCAAUUGGCGAACGAGCUUGAUUUAGAUGGGCCAGUUGAAUCGUUAUGCUUGCGUUGGACGGGAGAAAUUACUCAAAAUGAGGCAAAUUCCAAAUUUGUCAAUCUUUACGUUUCACCGAUUACAUUACCCCCUCAAAAAUACAGGCUUCGAAACGUUCGAACCGUUGCUAAUCUACUACUUCCUCAGCAGUCGCUGUUCAGCUCUACGAUUAGUAAGCACGCACACAUUAAGGGUCUGCCGAUUCGACCCUAUAAUAAAGCAAGAGCGCGAAUUUUGAUAGGUUUGGACAACGCUAAAAUAGGAAUCCCUACCGAAAUAAGAGAAGAUAGGGGAUCCGACCUUAUUGCCGCAAAGUGCCGACUAGGAUGGAGUGUAUAUGGGCGCGAUAAAACUAACUGCGCUGAACAACCGAGAAUAUUGCAUACCUGCGAAUGUGAUACAACCAGAGACGAUCGUAUGGACCAGCAACUGAAAACAUAUUUUUCUAUUGAUGCCAUCGGAUCAUAUGCACCAAUUAAACCGUUGAUAUCUAAAGAUGAUGAACGCGCUCUUCAAAUCAUGGAAAAGACCACGCGCUUUAUCUCCGCUGAAAAGAGAUGGGAAACCGGGUUACUUUGGAAGCACGAAGCUGUCGAGCUUCCCGAUUCGCUGCCUAUGGCAAUCCGGCGACUCUCGUGCUUAGAAAGUAAAAUGAAGCGUGAUUCGUCAAUUCGUCAAUUUCUUAUAAACAAAAUACAUGAUUAUGAGAAAAAAGGGUACGUACAUAAGUUGAACGAAAACGAAAUAAAAUAUAGCGCUAGGUCUUGGUAUCUCCCUAUAUUUACUGUUCUCAAUGCCAAUAAAAAGAAAACUCGAUUGGUUUGGGAUGCUGCAGCAAGGGUAAAGGGUGUCGGGCUCAAUGAUAUGUUGCUGAAAGGGCCCGAUCUACUAAAGUCUCUACUGGGGGUACUGCUCCGAUUUCGCGAACGACGUUUCGCAGUUUGUGGAGAUAUACGCGAAAUGUUCCACCAGAUUAAAAUUAUAAAAGAAGAUCAAGUGGCGCAAAAAUUUCUUUGGCGAAACGAUGGCUCGACUCGCGACUAUGAUAUCUACGUGAUGAGGGUUAUGACAUUCGGCGCUUCGUGCUCGCCUUCCUUGGCGAACUACAUAAAAAAUCGUAACGCUCACCGAUUUGCUGAUCUUCAUCCCGACGCCGAACGGGCCAUCGUUAGUAACACAUUUGUUGACGAUUGGCUUCAGAGUGCAGACUCUGAAAAUGAAUUGGCUCGUCUAGCAACUAAAGUUCGUUGGGUUCAUCAGGAGGGCGGAUUCCAAAUGAGAAACUGGAAAUCUAAUUCCAAAUACGUACUAUUUUCAUUAGAUGCUGACGACGUUCCAGCCGCCAAAUGUUUUGAAGAGCCAGAAGCCGUUAUAGAAAAGGUACUAGGGAUGUGGUGGCUGCCAGUUUCGGAUGAGUUAACAUACAUUGAAAAUUUUCCAAAGGAAGUUUUUAAUGAAAAUACGAUCGUGUCGAAGCGACAAAUUUUGCACACAAUAAUGACGAUUUUCGAUCCUAUGGGUUUGCUCGGUUUUGUCAUUGUACAGGCAAAAAUUAUUUUACAAGAUGUCUGGCGCUCCGGAGUAGGUUGGGAUGAACCGAUUAAAGAAGAAGAACGUUGCAACUGGUUUCGUUGGGUAAAACGCAUUCCUGCGAUCAACGGCAUAAAAAUUCCCCGUUGCCUUUCACUUGCCAGCGAAAACCAAAAUAAUCAGUUGCACAUUUUUGUAGAUGCAAGCAUAAAAGCCUACGCUGCGCUGCGGUGGCCUACAUCCGGUCAGAAAGUAUUCUGGACAGACUCCAAAAAUGUGUUGUUUUGGCUGCGUUCGAGCACAAGAAAAUACCAUCAAUUCGUGGCGCUGAGAAUCGGAGAGAUCCUCGAGAGUUCUGCUGUUAGGGAAUGGAGGUGGCUGCCAUCUGGUGAGAAUAUUGCGGACGAAGGCACUAAAUGGAGCAGCAACCGAGAAUUCGACGACAACCAACGCUGGUUCAGUGGACCUAAAUUCCUACUAGAACGAGAAUCAAGCUGGCCAAUUAUACAAUUUCCAGAUGAUGACGAAGAGACAGUUGAGGUUCUACAGCAUAUAGAUUUCGCUAACAACUCAUUGGGUACGACCGCAGAAAUAACCCCGGAUAUAAAAAGAUUUAGUACAUGGGAGAAGCUUCGCAGUGCGCAUCGAUUUGUUUUACGUUUUCUACGAUUGGUUACGAAGGGAAAGCCACGUUCUCAGUUUCUUCAAAAGCUACUCAACCCAGACAACAUAGAGACAGCAGAGCUUGCAAUUAUGCUUAAUUGUCAAAGCGAGGUGUUCCAUGAAGAGAUCUGUCGUCUGCGUAAUGGUGAGGAAAUUAAUCGAAAAUCUUUUCUUUUCAAGUUCUCCCCAUACUUAGACCAGAUUGGCCUGCUGCGAGUAAAAGGUAGAAUUGAUGCUGCUGAGGGUGUUGCCAUUAAUGUCAAGCGUCCAAUAAUCCUGCCACGCAAGCACGACGUAACGCGACUACUCGUCGACUUCUAUCACAGGAAAUUUCACCACCAUCACAACGAGAUCGUCGUCAACGAGAUGAGGCAAAGGUUCUGCAUCUCCGCCUUAAGAAGGCUGGUAAAAGAAUGUGCUGCAAAAUGUCAAACCUGCCGGAACCGUAGGGCUUCUCCACAACCUCCUCAAAUGGGAGAUCUGCCAAUGGAACGUGUGUCACCUUUUACCAGGCCGUUCACCUUUACAGGGGUUGACUAUUUCGGACCAAUGGACGUUGUAAUUGGCCGCAGGCGUGAAAAGCGGUGGGGUGCUUUAUUCACAUGCCUUACCACCCGCGCAGUUCACAUUGAAAUCUCACCUACUUUAUCUACCGAGUCGUUUUUGCUGAUUUUUAAACAAUUUGUGAGUCGCCGUGGAGUACCGAAGCGAAUUAUAUCGGACAACGGCACCAAUUUUCGCGGUGCUAGUGUACUUCUAGUAAAGGAAAGGAAAUACCCUGAAAUUGAAUGGAUUUUUAUUCCUCCCGCUUCACCACAUAUGGGAGGGUCAUGGGAGCGCAUGAUACGUUCUACGAAAUCGAUUCUAAUGGACAUUCUACCAGAUUCCGGUAUGCGAGAGGAGGUGUUAAGAGCCGUUCUAGCCGACAUCGAAAACAUUUUAAAUUCAAGGCCACUGACGUACGUGCCGCUUGAUUCAGCCGAAGAUGAAGCUCUUACGCCAAACCACUUUCUGACGGGACACUCUAGUGGUAUUCGAGAACUAACAGAUAAUACCAACUCUGGAUCGGCUCUACGGCAAAACUUUAAAAUUUCUAGCCAGUUGGCUGACCAAUUUUGGAGACGCUGGGUUAAGGAGUAUCUCCCCUGUCUUACCAGACGUGCAAAGUGGUAUCAGCCACCAGCAAACCCAAUCAAAUUGAACGACGUGGUGGUCAUCGUAGACGAAAACUCCAAGAGAAAUUCGUGGCCGAAAGGAGUAGUAAUAGAUAUGAAUUUUGGUAAAGAUGGCCAAGCUCGUAGCGCAGUAGUCAAGACAGUAAAUGGAUUAUGUACACGACCGAUAGUAAAGUUGGCGAAAUUGGACGUCGAGGUUGAAAAACUGUUAUUCUUCAUACUCAUCGACUCCUACUCUAAGUGGCUUGAAGUGGCCGUCGUUAAUUCAACUUCUUCAGCGGCCGCUAUUAAGGUGUUACGCCAAAUAUUCGCCACGCAUGGGCUACCUGAUGGGCUCGUGUUGGACAACGGAACAGCUUUCACAUCUGAGGAGUUUAAGAACUUUAUGAAGAACAAUCUAAUUCGACAUAUCCGUUCUGCACCGUUCCAUCCUUCUACAAACAGGCAGGCGGAGCGAAUGGUUCAAAGUACCAAAAAUUAUUUGAAGAAAGCAGAGCCUGGCAUAAACAUCGAUCUUAGCCUGGCUAGACAUUUGUUCAACCAACACACCACCCCGCACUCAACAACGAACCGCUCGCCUGCAGAGCUACUGUUCAAUCGUGAGCUAAAAACUUAUUUCGACAAAAUUCAACCUCACGAAAUAGUUAACGGUAAGAUCACCGACCCUGUCAGUACAAAACCUUUUAUUUCAGGCAGUCCAGUAUGGGUUCGUAAUCAUUCGACGGGCCCGAGAUGGAUCGAGGGCCUAGUCGAAAAUCAGACUGGGCCUAUAUCUUAUGAGGUUCGGUUGAACGACUCUAGGGUCAUCAAACGACAUCAGGAACAGCUUCGUAGUCGGGUGGCAUCAGAAGAUUCCGACUGCGAAAUACUGUCAACCGAAGACGUCGAACCCAGCACAAUCCAAUCAUCUGAUGAAGUUGAUUCAAGUACUCCUGGUCACGUAGCGGAGACUCAAUCGCCAGGACCAUCAACGAAUCUACAGCCUGUCUCCUCGUCAUCGCCAACACCGAAAGAACCGCGCAGAUCGAAGCGCGACCGACAGGCCCCACAAUUCUACUCCGCCUCUGGGUGUUAA